ACACCUCUUACAAACAUCCACGGCCUCACAAAGCCCCCAUCGCCUUCACCCCCACCACACGCGCCCGGCCAUCCUGUCAUUGACCCCCUUCAUUGGUAUCUACGCUUGAUCCACUCACUUCUGCCUGAACAGGUGUCAUGGGUAACCAGCAGUCGAGCGCAGGAGGCGGGCCUCCAGGCGACGAUAAGAGCAAGAAAGAUAAGAAGGAUAAGCCAAAGUACGAGCCCCCGCCACAACCCACGACCCGCAUCGGCAGGAAGAAGAAGAAGGCCGCUGGUCCCAGUGCUGCCGCAAAGCUCCCCACCGUCUACCCGACCGCGCGAUGCAAGCUACGAUAUCUCCGGAUGCAGCGCAUUCACGAUCAUCUGCUGCUAGAAGAGGAGUACGUUGAGAACCAGGAGCGGCUCCGCAAGGCAAGGGCUGUCAAGGAAGGAAAUGCGCCCGCCGCAUCAACCGCCGGAGAAGGGGCGGAAGACCGGAAUGCCGACGAGCGCUCGCGCGUCGACGACAUGCGAGGCAGUCCCAUGGGCGUUGGCAAUCUGGAGGAGCUCAUCGACGACGACCAUGCCAUUGUCUCGAGCGCGACAGGCCCCGAAUACUACGUUUCCAUCAUGUCUUUCGUCGACAAGGAUCUACUCGAGCCUGGCGCGAGCAUCCUCCUGCACCACAAGUCCGUCUCAGUGGUUGGUGUGCUCACAGACGAUGCCGAUCCGUCCGUCUCAGUCAUGAAGCUCGACAAGGCACCCACCGAAUCAUACGCAGAUAUUGGUGGUCUUGAGUCGCAGAUUCAAGAAGUACGAGAGGCCGUCGAGCUGCCUCUUCUACAUCCGGAGCUGUACGAGGAGAUGGGUAUUAAGCCACCGAAAGGUGUCAUUCUGUACGGUGCCCCCGGUACCGGAAAGACACUGUUGGCCAAGGCUGUCGCCAACCAGACAAGCGCUACGUUCCUGCGCAUCGUUGGCAGUGAGCUUAUCCAAAAGUACCUUGGAGACGGACCCAGGCUAGUCCGACAGCUGUUUCAGACAGCUGCUGAGAAUGCCCCCUCUAUUGUCUUCAUUGAUGAAAUCGAUGCCAUUGGUACCAAGCGUUACGAAUCGACCUCUGGAGGUGAGCGAGAAAUUCAAAGAACUAUGCUGGAACUCCUGAACCAGCUGGACGGUUUCGACGACCGUGGUGACGUCAAGGUCAUCAUGGCUACCAACAAGAUUGAGACGCUGGACCCUGCCCUCAUUCGCCCUGGUCGUAUCGAUCGAAAGAUUCUCUUUGAGAAUCCUGAUCAAACCACCAAGAAGAAGAUCUUUACUCUACACACCUCCAAGAUGUCACUCAAUGAGGAUGUUGAUCUUGACGAAUUCAUCAACCAGAAAGACGACCUCUCCGGUGCUGACGUCAAGGCCAUCUGUUCCGAGGCCGGUCUCAUGGCCCUACGUGAGCGCCGUAUGCGUGUAAACAUGGAAGACUUCAGGACUGCCAGGGAGCGUGUGCUCAAGACGAAGACUGAGGGUGAGCCUGAGGGCUUGUACUUGUAGGUUUGAGACACGAGUUAUGUCUUGUAUCAUAUUCCCAACCUUUAGCUACACGCCAGUGUGCUGGUUGCAGUCAAAGCUUGGUUAUCAUAGAGCCAUAAUUCCAUGACCAGUCAUCUUCUGUGCUA